AUGUCAGUCGACUGGAGCAAGAGAGGUGCUGACAAACGCAUUCGUCUGUUUCAUUCGAUUCCAGAGGAGUGGAAGCUACGGAAGUACUACGGAAGAGAGUCCAAUGUCCUAAACAUCCCCACUGAAUGUGGGAAGUUGUCCGCAGAGGAGCUCAGCAUAACCAACUCCACCGCGUCAGAUCUCGUCGAGAAGCUAUCUCGAGGAGAACUCAAAGCCGUGGAUGUCACAGUAGCAUUCUGCAAGAGAACUACUGUGGCCCAUCAACUGAUCAGAUGUUUUCAUGCAUUCUUCCCCGAGAAGGCGAUUGCCCAGGCCAAAGAGCUGGACGAGUACUUUGAGAUCCAUAAGAAGCCGAUUGGGCCGCUACAUGGAUUACCUAUCUCUAUUAAUGACCAGUUUCGCAUUGAAGGCCAGGAGGCUUCGAUGGGCCGUGUUGCCUGGCUUGGAAAAUAUGACACUACAGAGUCGACGCUAGUCACGCUCCUCAGAAAGGCUGGUGCUGUGUUGUACACGAAGACUUCAGUCUGUCAGACUUUGUUGUCCGGUGAGACCUGCAAUAACAUCAUAGCAAGAACCUCGAACCCGCGAAACAAUGCCUGGUCAGCCGGGGGAAGUUCUGGGGGUGAAGGUGCUUUGAUCGCACUCCGAGGUUCAGUACUUGGGGUGGGAACAGACAUAGGAGGUUCGGUCCGUGUCCCUGCGGCAUUCAACUUUCUAUAUGCCAUCAAACCAAGUCAGGGUCGAACACCACAUUCCAAGAUGGCAAAUAGCAUAGGAGUCCAGGAGACGGCGCACAGUAUAAUUGGCCCGAUAGCGCAUACAGCAGCAGACCUGCGAUUAUUUCUGAAGGCUGUCCUUUCCCAGGAGCCAUGGAAUUAUGAUCCCAAAGUGAUCCCUCUGCCGUGGAGAUCUAGUGAGGAAGAUAUCGCUAGGUCCAAAGUGGCCGGAAGAUUGACACUGGGAUACUUCCACAGUGACGGUGUUGUCAAUCCUCACCCACCAAUUCUGCGCGGCAUCGAUGAAGCAGUGGCAAAACUGAGAGAGAAUGGUCACACUCUCAUCCCUUGGAGACCUUAUAAGCAUUGCUACGCCCAGAGGCUCGUGAGAAUCAUAUACACCGCUGAUGGAAAUACCGGGAUACUCAAUAGUCUCAAAGCUUCCGGCGAGCCAGUUCUCCCAUACAACAAGCGAUUAUUGAGAUCUACCAAGGGUCAUCUGAACGCAAACCAGCUUGGGGAAGUACAGCUAAAACAAUGGGAAUAUCAGCGCAAGUACUUGGAAAGAUGGCGGAGGUUUGAGGAGGAAAAUGGCACCGAGCUAGAUGCCAUUAUUGCCCCCGUUGCAGCCACUGCAGCUAUUCGUCACGGUAAAUUCAGGUACUAUGGAUAUUCCUCCGUGAUCAGCCUGCUGGACUUUACGAGCGCGGUGGUUCCUGUCACCUUUGCUCAGAAGAGCGUGGAUCUGAAACCAUCUAACUAUACCCCUCUCAACAAGCUGGAUGCCGCUGUGCAGGCUGAGUAUGAUCCCGAAGUAUACGAUGGUGCGCCGGUUGGCUUGCAGGUCAUUGGACGCAGGCUCAGUGAGGAGCGGAUUUUGGUCAUCGCAGAAGAAAUAGGUAGACUUUUGGGAAAUUCUCAGACUCCAUAG